CUUCUAGUUCACUCAAAGAAGUAUUUUAGAGAAAUGGGCUCAAACCGCAUUAAGAUAACGUUGUCGUUUCUCUUUUCCCUUGUCUCCACAAUUGGUCCUCAGUUAGUAAUCGCUGAAACAAACGUUAGAAAAGAAGAAAGUUGUAAAUUAAGCCGAGCGACUCCAGUGCUUGAGGCUUUGGAAAAAGCAGUGUUUUUUUACAAAGAAUAUGGCGAAGAUUUAAACUUAGACGCAUAUUUUGGUCUUCGUAUCGCUGAAGGUACUUUGUACGAGUUAAUAGGACAAAAGAAAACGGUAAAAGCGUUAAUGAAGUCUUGCAUCCUGAAGCAAGUCGUUCAACUUCAGACUCUGGUCUCUCAAAUUGGUUCAAAAUCGAUGACUUCACUAAGGCGCAGAGAUAUGCAUUACUUCAAAAUGGUUGGAUACACUGUAUCACAGCCCUGGUUUACGGUCAAAAAGUAUAGGAAAAUUGACCCCAAGCUCACAACACCAUUCGACAAUAACGAACUUUCUGAUGAUAUUCUGCAUGAUUAUGAGCCCUGCCUGGCCAGGUUACUCGGUAGUCCUUUAUAUGGAAGUAGACCUUGUGACGUGCCUAAGGAAUGCUUGGAAGUGAUGAUGCGACCGGGAGAGGUUGGAUACGUGCUAACGCACCAAGCACUUUAUUUCAUGUUCGGUGAGCAAAGAGGAUGCCUUUAUGUGUUCUCAAGAAAGAUAGAAGAGUACAAAAGCUCAUUGGAAAAAGUCUACGACAAAAUUUGCUCCAAUAUUUACACUCAGCUGUUAUUGGUCGAGCAGGUUCGUCCAUUCAAGCGAGUCGACGCUGAUCUGAUGAUGGAACAAAGCGUUGUAUGUGGCUUGCUUGGAUACUAUGAGUUCUUAACCCCACAUCGGUUGGCGAAUAUCAAAAGGUGGCAGCGACCGAAUGGUUGCUAUGGAGACAUCGUAAAUGAGGAGGAAUUAAAUAGAAAAAUGGGCUGGAAGACAAUGAGAAAAUUGCUAAUGGGAAAAGAAUUAUCCGAUGGAUGCGAAUCACACAUCACCGGAGUUGGCACGGCCCUACUGUCAAUUUACCUUCGUUUCGUAAUUGAUGAAGAGUUGUUAAUAGUGAAUUCAACUAAAGCUAGCAAUUUCUAAGAACUUAACCAGGAUUUGUCAAAAAAUCAGGACUUAUCACAAAAAUAUUUAUGAUCUCGAAGUAUUAAUUGUGUAAAUAAGGUGCUGAAAAGAUUUACAAACAUUAUUACAACUGUCGUUGAAAUAUAAAAUGAAGGAGUGCUGGAAACGCGUUAUAUCGGAAAGGAGCAAACUAAAUAGACAUAACUUAAACUGCAAGUGAUUA